GAAAACAAGAAAAGUAGAUGUAGAAAAGGAAGUUAUGAAAAAUCAAUUCGACAAAGCUGUGAUGUUUUUGUCGAUGAUUAUGAUAUUUUUCAAGUUUUUAGAAAAUCUCUAUGCGGUAAUUUGGAUUCUGUUAAAUUAAGCUUGGAAUUAUAA